CCGCACUUCAUAUCAAAUCAGAUCGUAGGCCGUUGUCGCUCGUGCCUGCCAAGGUGCUAGGUAGAGCGGAUCGACAUUGAGAAAGCAACGACAAGCAUCCAAAGUGAAAAUUGGCAGAUACAAAAGAGACCACCGUGCCAACAAUCGAUGCCAGCAGGGUCUCUGACUUCGAGUAUCCUGACCGAGGUUCCUUGAGUUGACGGCACAACUCCGAGUUCUUAACAUGCGUUCAAUUGCUUCUUUGGCGUUGGGAACGCUCGCAAGCGUAUCACUCGCGGCCGCUCAGGAUGCGAACAUCACGCUCGUUCCAGCAGCAGUUGGCUUUGAGCCCGACAAUACUGCGCUCUACUACUCUUCACCUCCCCUUCUGAUAGCAAACGACGGUAGUGCUGCAGAUGGCGGUUUCCGCGUCUUCGAGGUGUCCGAUAAACCUUCGUUUGCGCAGAGAUCCCACCAGAAGACUGGUCGUUCGAAGGUCGCUCUACCAGUAUAUGAUAUCGGUGGUCGGGACUUGGUAUUUAACAUCCCUGCACCAGACUCGAUCCUCCGCGCAUUUGAUGUGAAGAACUUCAAAGAGGUCGAAAGUGCAAGGAAGAAGAUCCUAGGAGAUUGGUCUACCUUAUGCGGCUGGAGGAGUCUCAAGAGUGGCAAUCAGUACCUUUUCCUCUUUGGGAAGAAGAAAGUCGUGCAACUGUUGGUCAGGGAGCAGAAGAAGGACAUUGAGGUUCUUGAGGUCCAAACAUUCCCGAUUGCCAUUGAGGGAGAGGCAUGCAUUGUCUUCCAAAACGGAUUGGUCUAUUUCUCAGCGGAGGACCAGCCAUUGUAUUCCUUCCAGGCUGUCGAGUCCACAAAGGCGCCCGAGAUCAAGAUCGCUAAAAAGGAUGCCGAAGUUGUGGGUCUUGCAACUUACCGCACAGGCGCAAAGGACUACCUCUUUGUAGCACACGAUGAAGUGGUCGACGUGUACGAUGAUAAGCUUCAGCAGAAAGGCACCAUCGGUCUUAACGGCAUCCCGGAACUUUCAAUCGAAGGCGGACUUUCGAUCUACCAGGCAGUGACUCCUGGAUUUAAGGACGGUCUGCUUGCCUUCGCGUUCGAGAGCGAGGAUGACACGGGUGUUGCCGUUGGAUCGCUCGAAGUCGUCUUGCAGCAGCUAGACAUCAAGCCUAAUCACAAAUUCGACCCCAAAGAAACUUGCAAGCACUGCGAGAAGACCAUCUCCAAGAAAUGCUCCAACAACGGUUUCGGUGGCGACUACGGCUGCGAAUGCUUAGUCGGAUUUGCUGGUGCUGAUUGCAGCAAGCUCACCUGCAAAAACGACUGCUCAGGCCACGGCACUUGCGCUGGCCCCAACAUCUGUAAAUGCCGUGAUGGUUGGGAAGGGCCCGACUGCUCUACUGUUGCCGUCAAGGCGAAAUAUGAGACGGAAGCUAACGGCGGCGAUGGCGAUGAUCCCGCUAUCUGGAUCCAUCCUACCAGACCAGACCAAUCCAAGAUCGUUACAACCACGAAGUCUGAUCAGGGGGCUGGAUUCGCCAUCUUUGACCUAAAGGGAAAGCUGUUGCAGCAUAUGGCCAUGGAGAAGCCCAACAACGUGGACGUCAUGUACAACUUCACUGCCGGUUCUCGCAAGGUCGAUCUGGCCUUUGCCGCUUGCCGUGGAGACAACACUCUCUGUCUUGCAGAAAUCAACUCCACUGGCCUUCUUUCGCCCAUUGCAGGUGGCAGUCAGCCUACACCCGAAGACUACGAAGUCUACGGCUCCUGCACUUACCGCUCUCCAAAGACCGGAAAGCAAUACCUCUUCGUCAACAACAAGGAUGCAGAAUACCUCCAAUAUGAACUCACAUCCUCCACUAACGGCACUCUCCAAACAACACUUGUCCGCAAAUUCAUCGGCGGCUCCGGCGGCCAAGUCGAAGGCUGUGUGUCAGACGAGCGGUCCGGUUACCUCUUCCUCGGCGAAGAACCAGAAGGCAUCUGGCGGUACGACGCCGAACCCACCGGCUCGGACAAGGGCUUCCAACUCGCGAAGGUGGGUGAUGGAAACCUCGAGGCUGAUGUCGAGGGCAUGACGCUCGUGCCUGCGAAGAACGGGGACGGCGGAUACAUCAUGGUGUCUAGCCAAGGUAUCAGCUCGUACAUCGUGUAUGAUAGAGCACCGCCGCACAAGUACGUCAUGAAGUUCACCAUUGUGGAUAACGAGAAGGCAGGUGUUGAUCAUGUCACCAACACGGAUGGUCUUGCGGCGGUGGGCGAUCGGUUGAAUAAGGAUUUCCCGUACGGAUUGAUCGUUACGCAUGACGACGCUAAUGAAUUGGCCGAGGGAGGUACUGCUGAGGAGGCUAGUUUCAAGCUCGUUAGUCUUCUUGAUGUUCUUGGAGAGGAGCGGGCGAAGAAGUUGGGGUACUAAGUCGGGUGCAAGACCUCUGAUUUGGUCAAAAAACUUCGUAAUUAUAAUC